AUGUUGUCGGCAAAACACGGGGUUCGAAGGAUUGCGCUACUCUGCUGCUCAGCCAGCUCAGCUGGCUCAGCUGCAGCUGUGAGCUGCAGCAGAGCCCUGCUCGAGGCUCGUGCCACGCGCCACUUCUGGGAAAUUCAUGACGUCGAAAAUCUAGCUCCCAAGGGCUGCACGUUACACGUGCAUAGACGAACAAUGCACUGCCUUUGAAACAUCAAGGGGCCUUACCCACCGCUCUAGACCGGCCGUGCCCGAACAAACUUGCAGACUACAGUUGUUUAGAGUAUGCAGACGCUAUUACGUGGUGUAUUAAUUUUUCAGCUUUGUGAAAACCGACAUCGGUUAUUAAAACUGCUACCUCUUCGUCUAAAUAUUGGAAAGCACACGAAACUCCCUUGCGUGGGUUCGGUUUGGUUCGGUCUACCUCGUUGGGUUCGAUAGACAGUUGUUUCCACCAUAGAGAUCGUACACUUCUAGACACAGGUCCACAGGUUGUUUCUCCCUCUUGAAUCAACUUGCGGCAGGUGGCAGCAGCCAAUCGCGUCGUAGCAGACGAUAUCUGGCACCUGAUAUAAAAUCUUGAUAUUAAGCACUUUCUGGGCGUUCGCAAGAAAGCGAUAACCCUGCCCCUGCGUCGUCAAUGGAUCCCUACAACUAUUACCGCGCCAAUAGUGAGCUGACAGAAAAAUGCAGACGCCCGAUGAGGCAUCCUUGUCCGUGAUUCACGUUGGCGAUCGAGACUUUAUGCCAUUACGUCCCCUGACGGGCGAGGCGAAGACUAGCACGUCAAAUGGCCCCGAACAGCAUGUGACGCUCGCUAUGCCGCCCCCCAAACCAGGCGUACCGUUUUUCAUUUUUUUGCUUCUGUCCGUGGUCGGCACGCUGAGCGGUGUCGUCGUGUUCGGACUGUGUUUUUUCUCCUACAGAAACUACCAGGCAGCGUUAUGGAGCCUCGCGUCCGGAAUCUUUGCUGCAGGAGUGCUACACCUGCAAAUACUGCACCUCUGCAAGAGGCUGGACGUGUGGCACGACAAGAGCACUCUUGGAGGCCUCAGAGUCCUGGGGAUUAUUGCGUCCAGCAUCAGUGUAGUCGCCUCCGGAACAUACUUUGCACUGGUUGUCACAAGGGGUCAGGAGUUUUCCCUGGAGAGCGGUAACCUGUACCCGUCGGCAGUCUUCAGCCUCCUCACCCUAGUCUGGGGCAUCCUGCUGCUGGUGAGCGCUCACCACUGCCAGCGCAGGGUGCAGGAGGAACACCCGGGGCUGCUUGCCUACAGCGCCUUCAACUUCCCCAACGCCUGAAGAGAUGCUCGGGAUGCCUCCGCGUCUGCACCGGUCCGACUCGUUCACGGGCCGUUUCUCUCUCGCCAAGUCUGCCGCCGAUGGGUCGCUGACUUGGCGCACUCUAAUGACCACUCCCUACACCCUGUACAUAUGUGUGAAGGUCGUGUAAAAAGUAUGUAUUGUUGAUUUGUUAUAGCCGUUUUACGAAUUAAACCAAGGUUGUGAAACCAUG